GCGCUUCUUUGGGUUCCUGGUUUAUGCUGAUGUGUGAUCCCAGGCUCCUAGUGUCGGAUAGAGACCUAUAGCGCGGCCUUACCAUGCCCUACUACCACGCCUGGGAAGAGUACGUACGGGCGGCCGAGAAGCUGUAUCAGGCCGAUCCCAUGAAGGUCCGUGUAGUGCUCAAAUACAGACACUGUGAUGGAAACCUUUGUAUUAAAGUUACAGAUGAUGCUGUGUGUUUACUGUAUAAGACAGAUCAAGCUCAGGAUGUAAAGAAGAUUGAGAAAUUCCACAGUCAGCUGAUGCGACUAAUGGUUGCAAGGGAAUCCCGCAGUGCUGCCAUGGAAACAGACUGAAACUAAAGCAGAACUUGCCCAAUGGUCAGCAAACAGCAUGAGGAAUAAAAGAAGACAUUGGGAAAGCAAUCGGACAAUAAGAUGCUCCUAGUUUAACACCGGACACUAGAAAUGUCAGGAGCAGCUUCUUGUGUUUUAUUUAUACACAACAUCAUUACUAGAAAUAAAACGUAUGCUUUCAGUUGAAAGCCUAUUUAUUUUUGGAGUUGCAAUGAAAUCUCGGGACAGAUUUCAUUCUUCCCAAAUAAGUAGUGGAAGGCAACAUAUAUAUAAUUUUUUUUUUUUAUUAUUUUUUUUUUUUACCUUAUACAAAACUAUUUACCAGGAUUCCUUUCAUAAACAUUAUUUCUGGAAAAUCCCUUCAAAAGUGGGCACAAAACUUUACACACAUGCUAAAUAGGUUUGUUUUGUUUUUUUCUCCCAACUGUUUUUUGAGUAACUUUUAAUGUUUAUGGUUUAAAAAUGUGUUCUAUAUUUUGAAGACUCUAAGACAAUGUUUUUAUAGUAUAUGCAGAGCAAGAAGAAGGGAUCUUGUGUAGACAAUAAAGCCAAAUGUGUGUGUCUGCUCACAUAAAUAUUAUUAUACCCUGACUGCCUAUCAGGAGGAAAUAUGCAGUUUAUUUUCUUUUUGGAAACAGGGUUAAUAUUUUAAUAAAAUUUAAAACAAAAUGAA